GCUCAACUAAUUAUUAAACUCAUUCCAUAUUUAAUCAACAGAAAGAAGAGAACUAAAAAAUGUCAAGUUUAUCAUCUAUUGCAGUUUCCCUCCGCAACAAGGCACUCAUCACUCCGAGAGUUCUCUCUUCCGUCCCGAAAAGACUCAUCCAUGGGAGUACGAUGAAAGAAGCUUCCGUCUGUGACAAAGCCACCGAGGCUCAGCAAAAGGUGGCCAAGAAGGCGGACGAAGGAGCACAAACGAUAUCCGUGGCCGCCGGUAACUUGAAGGACAAGGCGAAGAACACUGCAGAGGAGGCCUGGGAUAAGGUGAAGGACACGACAGAAAAGAUCAAAGAUACCGUCACCGGAAAAACCGAGGAAACCAAGGAGUCCAUCAAAGCCAAAGCCAAGACCGUCGAGAAAAGCAUGAAUACCAAGAACCUCAAAUAAUAAACUUACUGUCAAUUUUAAUAUUUCACUAAAUCAAAUAAUCUAUUUUAAGAAAAGAAUCAAAUAAAAUGUACUUACGUAAUCUGGAGUUGUUUCAGUAUGUUUACACUUCUGGUUUGUUUAAGAAUAUAAAUUACUUUAUUAGGUAAGAAUAAACAUGGGGGUUAU